AUGGGCGUAUUCUUCAUCACGGGCACCUCUUCCGGUUUUGGUGCUGAGAUUGCCAAACAAGCACUACAGGCAGGCCACAAGGUCAUCGCGACUUCACGAAACGCCAACAAGCUCACUGAGCUCAAGAAUCUCGGCGCACAUCCCAUCAGCCUUGACAUUAAUGCUUCCGACGCUGAGAUUCAGAGGGUCGUCAAGGAAGCCGCAGCUGUCUACGGCACCAUCGAUGUUCUUAUCAACAAUGCAGGCUACAUCUGGGAGGGGGCGGUAGAGGAGGCUUCAUCUGAGGAAAUUCAAGCAGCUUUCCACACCAACGUCUUUGCGCAUGUUGCUGUCACCAGGGCCGUUCUACCCAUCCUACGAGCCCAGAAGAACGGAACCAUCGCCUUCAUGGGCAGUAUCGCCGGCUGGGAGGGCGGCGUAGCCUGCGGUUUGUACUGUGGUGUCAAGUUCGCCAUCGCAGGUAUCGCUCAGUCUCUACGCGAGGAAGUCGCGUCCUUCGGCAUCAAGGUCACCGUGAUUGAACCUGGGUACUUCCGCACCAACUUCCUUGCUGGAGAUAACAAGUUUGUUUCCAAAAACCCAAUUCCCGAAUACGAACCUGUGCUGGCGCCACUGAAGGGUGCGUUUCAAGCUUUCAACGGCAACCAGCCCGGCGAUCCGGUCAAGGGUGCAGCUCUCAUUGUAGAGGCACUUACCGGAACGGGAAGAGCUCAGGGAAGGGAGCUUCCUAGGAGACUACUUCUUGGCCCUGAUGCGGUAGGUUUUGUUGCUGGCGUUCUCGAGAAGGAGACGAAGAGCCUGGAGGCUUGGAAAGAUCUUUCUGUUACCACGAACCUGUGA